AUGAGCAAUUCUAAGCCACCUGUUACAUGUCACAUUCUGGACACAACAUCCGGGAAGCCAGCUCAAGACGUAACCUGCUCGAUAUACUUCGUGAGAACCACUGCUGAAAGCUUUGGUUUCGAAGUGAGUGAAACUCAGCCGUUUGCAGCUGCAAGGACCAAUGAAGAUGGAAGAAUCGGGGCUUGGAUCUUCGCGCCGGAACCGUCUAAAAGACCCUUUUUGAAAGAACUUGGCAUUUAUGAAGAAAAUUCCACCUUAGUGUGGAAGAGUCUCGUGCCAGGGACAUACAAGAUAAGGUUCCAAACGUCUCGUUACUUUGAGCGACAAAAGAAAACUUGUUUUUUCCCUUUUGUUGAGAUCUUCUUCGAAGUUUCUGAUUCCAGGCACUACCACAUUCCAUUGCUUCUCAGCAACUACGCGUACUCCACUUACCGUGGUAGUUAA